GAGACGAGACAGGCAGUGCAGCUGAUUGGCUGUCAGGAUGUGCGAGCGCUGGGGUCGGUACUCGGAAGGCAGGAAGCCGUGUGGGCAGACUCUCUCUUUCUCUCUCUCUCUCUCCCCCUUUCCCCGUGUCACUGCCUGCGUCACACACAGGGUGUUUUCCACUGACGAAAAGGUGGUGCUGCUGAGCAAGUUGAAUCAGACAACGCGAGCGUCGGCUGGUACGAUCACAGACCGAGGCGAACAAAAAAGAAAAAAAGAAACAACGACCAGCAGCAGUCUAGACUGUGCGAGGCUGAGCUCGCUUGGGAGGAAUUCGUUUCACAAACACAAAAGGAUUUUUGUUGUCUUUCAUUUAUGGUGGACGGAUACACAAACUGUUGCAGAUUGACUGAGUAGCUCACAUCAACCAUGAGCGGGGUACUCAAGAGAAAGCUGGACGAGGACCCUUGCUACUCUUCCUCCUCCCCCUCUUCCUCCUCAGGAUGGGAGUCGGACGGGGAGAGCUCCUCCCCCGAGACCCUGGACUCCAGGCCCAGCAAUCCCAGCUCCUUGCCAGCUCAUUUCACCACUACGUCAAUCUUGAAGAGAGCCAAGCGGAUUCGGAGAAACAACGUGCAAUUCGAUCAGGUCACUGUGUUCUUCUUCCCGCGCUGCCAGGGCUUCACCAGCGUGGCCAGCAGGGGGGGCUGCACCCUUGGCAUGGGCAGGCAGCACAGCGCCUGCAGGCAGUACACGCUGUCUGAGUUUGCUCAGGAGCAGCAGCACCUCCGCAGGGAGAAGCUUAAGGAUCGUCUCCGGGAGGAGAAACUGGAAGUCCUCAAGCAAGAGCUAGCUAAAAAUGGUACUGCGGAGUCCAACGAGGCCGCCCAGCUGACACUGGAUGACAUAUCUGAAGAUGACAUUGACAUUAGCGGAGUGGACUUCGAGGGUGGCUUCUUCCUCCAUCCCUAUCCAUCCAAGAGACGGCAUGCGCUGCUGAAGGCCGCUGGUGUCAAGAAGAUCGACAAGGAGGAGAAGCGCGAGCUGCACGCCAUCCGGCUCUCCCGGGAGGACUGUGGCUGCGACUGCCAGGGCUUCUGCGAGCCUGAGACCUGCAGCUGCAGCUUGGCUGGGAUCAAGUGCCAGAUGGAUCAUUCUUCGUUUCCCUGUGGCUGCACAAAGGACGGCUGUGGGAACACGCAGGGCCGGAUUGAGUUUAACUCGAGCCGCGUUCAGACACACUACAUCCACACCAUCAUGAAGCUGGAGCUGGAGAAGAGGCUGGAGGAGAGCACGGACACCGGGGAGCAGUGUGGGAGGAAGCAGUGGCUGGAGGAGAGCACGGACACCGGGGAGCAGUGUGGGAGGAAGCAGUGGCUGGAGGAGAGCACGGACACCGGGGAGCAGUGUGGGAGGAGGCAGUGGCUGGAGGAGAGCACGGACACCGGGGAGCAGUGUGGGAGGAGGCAGUGGCUGGAGGAGAGCACGGACACCGGGGAGCAGUGUGGGAGGAGGCAGUGGCUGGAGGAGAGCACGGACACCGGGGAGCAGUGUGGGAGGAAGCAGUGGCUGGAGGAGAGCACGGACACCGGGAAACAGUGGCUGGAGGAGAGCACGGACACCGGGAAGCAGUGUGGGAGGAGGCAGCAGCAGCAGAACCCCUUUGGUUUCCAGUUGGAGGAGGAGCUCCGGGCCAUUCCUGGCAGCCCCAGCUUUCACUUCAGUGCCGAGCUGGACCCCAUCGGAGAGAACAGCUGCAGCAGCGACAUGACAGAUUCCUCCAGCUCCUCAAGCCAGAGCGAGUACUCCUCGGGGCUGUGUGCUGGCAGCAGCAGCCCUCAGUCUGACAAGCCACAGUCUGAUGUGGAUGACAAUGGGCUGGCCAGGAUUCUCAGCUUCAAUGACUCGGACAAUGAGGACUGCAGUAGCAGCUGUAGUGGUGAUAGCUGUGACCGGCAGCGAAAGGUCAACUUUGGCUGCUUCAACACCUUGGACUUCUUUAACGAUAAUAUUGUCGAGGGCCCCCAACACAACACGAAUGGAGGGGACAGGAGUAGCGGACAUGUGUGCGACCACAUGUCCAGCAUUUCAGAGUGCUUGGAUGAAAACGCCAACCAAGACACUACGAUGUUCCACAGCAGUGGUUCAAGCCAGGCAUUCCCCAGCACCCCGUCCCCUUCGAUCGAUCACUCGUCUCCGAGCUACAUGGACCUCAGCCUCUCGUCGGACUCGGAUUUUGAGUUCUUCCAUGGAUUUCCGGACUAUAGCCCUGGUCCUCUUUAUAACUCCUUGAAAGAAUAUGAGAAUCUGGACAGCUUUCUUCAGUUCCAGCUCCCCAGUUAUCCCAGCUUCCCCCAAAACGGGGACCCCGGCACGUGCUUUUUGGAGUCCCUGAUUGGCGUGUCGGAAUCCAUCCCAGAACCCCCCGCUGCUUUUACAGACAAUCAGCUCCUUGAAGAAGCCAUUAAGUCAUCAAUAAUGGAAUCUGUGAAGGUGUAAAAUACAGCACAGUUUCAAUCUUUACAAAAACUGACAAUUUAAAAAAAGAGAGAAACUAAUGAGGACUGUAUAUGUUUUUUACAUUUGACAUUUUAUUGGAAGACUUGAUUGAUUUUAAGAAAGCUGUGAUUUUUUAUAUAUAUAUAUAUAUAUAUAUAUAUAUAUAUAUAUAUAUAUAUUUCUUACUUAGCCUCCAAAAAAUGUUGUACGAAUCAAACUGUGCACAGUAAAAGUACAAACUGGCAGCUAACACACAUAUUCUACUCAAACUCUUUGGCCUUUUCUUAACCCAAGGUGUGCAGAUAUAUCACAAAAGGCUGGGGAGCUUUUGUUUUUUAACAAUGACGCUUUAGUCAAGUUCUGAGUGCAUUUGUUGUAAAAGCUGCCAUGUGUGUAUAUAUAAUGUUUUUUUUAAAACAUUUUGUUGCUAGUAUUUUUUCAAGAAAUAUUAUUAUUAUUAUUAUUAUUAUUAUUAUUAUUAUUAUUAUUAUUAUUAUUAUUAUUAUAUUUUUUCCUAAACUUGCAUUCAGAGUGCAUCUAAAAGGCAUCUUAAGAAGGAAAAUUAAGUGCAACCACAGACUUCUCCUUGGAUUUAAUCUCAACCGGGGCACCACUGUCCUUAUAGCGGUUUAUAGAAAAAUACCAAAUCCCAUGAUAGCGGAGCACAGUUCAGUCCCAUGAUAGCGCAGUGCAGUUCAGUCCCAUGAUAGCGCAGUGCAGUUCAGUCCCAUGAUAGCGCAGUGCAGUUCAGUCCCAUGAUAGCGCAGUGCAGUUCAGUCUCAUGAUAGCGCAGUGCAGUUCAGUCCCAUGAUAGCGCAGUGCAGUUCUCUAAUGCUAGAGCCAUUCGCUCUGCUCAUCGCGGUGGCUGUUGCUGGUUUUGUUACCUGGUGCUUUGGGCAGCUUCACUAUCAUGCGAUUUCAGGUACUUUACCCCCGGCAAGCAUUGAGCUCUAUUGUAACAGCACCAAAGCUGUCACAUGGUUUCCUUUCUGAUGUGUUGAGAAAGAUUCCUGAGCAGCACAUGGGUUUUGGAGUUGUGGUGUGCAGCACUGUUUUGAGUUACAGCAAUCAUAAUCUGAACAUUUAUAUUUAUUACCAGCGUAAUGCUUUAAAACUCCAUGUUUAAAACAAACUAUAAUCUGUAAUACCUCAAAAGUAUUACAUCUUCGAAUUUAUUUUAUGCAGCUUCCAUGUAUUUAUUUAGAGGAACGGAGGCCCUGUGGCUUUGUUAGGUGGGCUUUUUGAAAGUGCAAUCUUGUUUUUUAGUAGCACCGCUUUCCUCAACCGUUUACCUUUCUUUAAUGAAACUUCCCAGUUUAGCUUCUGUGGAUUCUGAUCUCGGAAGAAAGAAAUCUGCUGGGGUGGCAUAUAAGACGUCUGUAGUGCUGAGCAGGUGUUACAGUGAGAAGCCGGCAAAUGCGCAACUCUCUUAGUUUGUCUCCUUGUUUUAGUGCAUUUGGAUUUACAUGAUUUGGUUCGAAUUUAUUUAAUUAGUGUUUUGGUCACUCUGUCCAGGGUGGCCCAGUCUUGUGCCUGUUAUGCAGAGGAACCAUCCACAGCAGCCAGCACAAUCCAGGGGGGCUCUAUUUACUGUGGGACUGUGCAAUUGGUUCUUGGUACUUUUCAAAAUGCAAAAGUAAAAUGUUGAGGUAUAUGGGUCGAUUUUUGCUUAAUAUAUAGCGUGUCAGAUAUUUAUAAUUUUUGUAAAUAAUUUGCAUAUAGAAUCAAAAUUAAUCUGUAUUAAGAAAAUCAAAGACUAUUUUAGAAGGAGUCACAUUUGUCUUUUUAAAAUACCUUUUGUGCUAAAAAAAAAUAAACUAUUUAAAAUAAACUAUUUUGCAAAUUCUGAAAGAUUUGUAAUAUAUAAUAAACAUAACUAUUUUAUUUGAUAGUAAUGAAGGUUAUUGUUGUCAAUAAUUUAAUCUAUUUGACUGUCAGGAAGGAUUAAUAUAUUUAAUAGUUUUUUUUUCUGAACUGCACCAGUUUCGUUUGACAGUGUAAGGUUGGGGCAAAAGAUUUUACACUGUGGCCAGGUUACACUCAACACGCUUAUUGAUUUGGCAAUUCCCAGAACAAAAAUAUAUGCAAACAUUUUUUAACCUGCAAAAAAAAAAAAAAUGCAACCUUAAGGCUUUGCAACACUAAUGCAUAUAUCGCAGGGUUUACAAUCAAGUGAUAUGGUAUCUAUUUUGUAAUUUUUACUAUGAAUAUGCAAUUGAAGAGUGAUAAUAUUUGUUUGCCCCCUGUCAGAAGUUACUGUAUACAGUAGACUGUUCAAACUGUUUAGGGCACCGCUACAUAUCGAACAGGAGUAAAUCCCAUUUACCAAGUGGUUUGUAUUUGACAGGCAUUCAGUAGGUGCUGGUUAGGCGCACAUUCCUAGGGUUUUCUGCAUAGAGCUCAUCUGCAGUAUGAUCUGCUGCAGGUAGAACUGCUUUGCUGCCUUGUUUUUGUAUAAUUUAUUUGAUUUUUUUGUGUUUGUGCCAACAAGAGGGCACCAGGUUCUGUAAAUAAGUUGUCUACUAUUGUUGUAUAAAAAAAAGAAAACCUGGAUAUUUAUUAAUGUAAUCAAAUUAUUAUUUUAUUGUUUUGUGUUGAUCUUGUUUAUUUCACAAUGACCUUAUUUUUCCCUUUUUAUAUAUUGUAAAUAUUUCUUUUUUAUUAUUUGCUUAAGGUACUGCAGAGCAAAAAAAAAACACAAUUUUUUACAUUCAUUGUAAAGAAUGCAUUCUGUUUUAUAAAUGCUGCUCAUUCAAUCCAAGUAAUAUGAAGACAUCUCUAUUACUUCAAAUAAAAAAUGAUUGUUGGAAA